UUUGCUUACUUCAGACAACGAAAAACAAAAGGUGACAUCACGCAGUCGCAGAAAAAGACGUCGAAGAGGAAGGGCUCGUCUGUCCACACGCAUGACCUUCCGAAGGAAGAGUAUGCAUUAGCGGCCCAAGAUGUUGGUAAGGGUAUAGAGAGUAAGGCUGAAGACACCAACCUACUAGAGACGACAACAGAGACAGAGGGGAGCACUGACUUGUCCAACUGGGAUGUACUGAGUGACCAUGCCCCUGAAGAAGUUACAAUAAAUUCUGCUGCAGAAUACAGUGAGCUUGAUGCUAAGAUGUGUCAGGCGAGAAUAGCUGAGUUAGAGAACAGACUUUGGGAAAAACAAGAAGCCGUCGAAAGACUCACUGCACAGAUGGACGAGCUGCAGGAACAACUUACCCAGCACAGUGACUCAAUGCAACUUCAGGAAACUACCGUUCAAGAGCAGAACGAAGUCAUCAGGAAACUAACAACCUGCCUUCAACAGGCGAAGAAGGAUCGGGAUGACCUACAGGAAGAGGCUUCACAUGUAGCUGGUCAGAUCCAUGAUUUACAACUUCAGUUACAUCAGGUUAAUGAGAUGCUGAGGAGUAAAACCCCUGGGAAAACCAAAAUAUUAGAAGCCCAGCAGCAGAUGUCCUUGUUUCAGAACCAUCUCAGAGAGCAAAAUGCACAUUUGGAGAUGCUGCGUCAGAAAGCACGUGACCUGGAAGUACAGCUGGAGUCUUCUCAAAAGGUACAUGAACGGGAGCAUGAUCGUGAAAUCUCUGAACUGAUUGCUAAACACGAAGAGGAAAUGGAGACGCUCCGUGCUGAACUAAAUAAAGAGCAGCAGCACCUGUUGGACGAACUUCGGCAGCAAAUGACAGCCACGCACAAAGCAGAGAUUGAGCAAGCUCAACUCCAAUCACAGACACUGCACAGCCUUGAAUUGGAAGCUUUACGCCUAAGCUUGAAUAAUAUGCACACCUCUCAGCUUGAGCUUACUCAGUCAAACUUGACAAAAGAAAAGGAAACGGCCCUUGUGGAACUACGGGAGAUGCUCAAUGAUAAGCGUGCUCAGGAGGUAGCAAUUCUGCAAAGCCGCCAUCAGAUGGAGUGGGAGAAGAAUAAACAACAGUGUCUGAAGGAAAAAGAAGACCUUGAGUUAAAGUAUCAGCAAGAACUAGGUAUUAAAAUUUGGGAAUAA